AAAAAAAAAAAAAAAAAAAAUAAAACUCCACAGGAGGAGAAAACAACUUUAGAAACUACGACAUUCUUUUUCUCUCCUUCUCCUCGAUCCCUACUGCUUCAAGACAGCAAGCAAAGCCUCUGAAACGAGGCCCCAGAAGGAAGGAGAGAGAAUAGAGAGAGAGAGUAAGCAGUGAGAGAAAGAAAGAUGGAGAUCCAUGGCUUCUUGACACAUUCUGGAUCUGUAUAUUUUUCUUCAUUGCUAUAAAUCCACCGUUAUCGACGAGUUCUUUUGCCACUCAAAAUUCGCAUUACGGAGGAUGAAGGCCGAAAGGGUUUGUAUAUAAAGAUGGCUGAUAUUGCUGCUCUUGCGGAGGCCUCAGGGUCCAGAUUUAGUGACUUAGAACUGAUUGGAAAAGGGUCAUUUGGAGAUGUCUACAAAGCGUUUGAUAAGGAGCUUAAGAAAGAGGUUGCUAUUAAAGUUAUUGAUUUGGAAGAAUCAGAGGAUGAAAUUGAGGACAUUCAGAAGGAAAUUGCAGUUCUAUCACAAUGUCGUUCUCCAUACAUUACGGAGUAUUAUGGUUCCUACCUCCACCAAACGAAAUUAUGGAUUGUAAUGGAAUACAUGGCUGGUGGCUCUGUUGCUGAUCUGAUUCAACCAGGUCAGCCACUGGAUGAAAUGUCUAUAGCUUGCAUCUUACGCGAUUUGCUGCACGCAAUUGAAUAUCUCCACAAUGAAGGGAAGAUUCACAGAGAUAUCAAAGCUGCAAACAUUUUGUUGACUGAGAAUGGUGAUGUUAAGGUUGCAGACUUUGGUGUUUCUGCGCAAUUAACGCGGACAAUUUCAAGAAGAAAGACGUUUGUAGGAACACCUUUUUGGAUGGCUCCAGAAGUAAUUCAGAAUUCAGAUGGAUACAAUGAGAAGGCAGAUAUUUGGUCUUUAGGGAUAACUGCAAUUGAGAUGGCAAGAGGGGAACCACCACUUGCAGAUCUCCACCCAAUGAGAGUUCUUUUCAUUAUACCUCGAGAAAAUCCACCACAGCUGGAUGAGCAUUUUUCUCGUCUUAUGAAAGAAUUUGUUUCGCUGUGUUUAAAGAAGGUGCCAGCCGAGAGGCUAAGUGCCAAGGAACUUCUGAAGCACCGUUUUAUCAGGAACGCUAGGAAGAGUCCAAGGCUUUUGGAGAGAAUAAGAGAGCGCCCAAAGUUCAAAGUAGAAGAAGAAGCUGAAACUAGAAACAGCCCUAGAGGUGGGGCAUCUGACACGGUGAAGGUGACAAGAGAUUCAAGAGGUGAAGAAACUGUCCGGGCCAGUAGUCAGGGAAGAACCCUAAGAAAUGCUGGAUGGGACUUCAGCAUUGGCGGAUCGUCUGGUACUGGAACAGUGAGAAGUGUUCUGAAACCACCUCAAAUUAGAGAGAGAAAAGCAGAGGUUCCGUACAAUCAAGCUACCCCAAGUAAAAAUUCUGAUGGUGGUUAUCGAUCAUCAUCUACUUAUGGAAGUGCCCUUUAUGAUUCAUCAGAAGUUUCCCUUGAGGAAGAUGUCGGAGAUAACAGCCAUGAUGAGGACCAAGAUUCUUACCAUGAUAAUGAAGAUUUGUCAGUGAGUGGGACAGGAACUGUUGUUGUACGACCGUCGCGAGUUCAGUCAUCAGCUGUAUUUAGUGAUCAUAGUACUCAGUCUAGCAGCACAUAUGCUUCUUUUGAGGAUGCUUCCACCAGUGGCACUGUUGUUUACCGCGGACAACAUGACGAUUUUGAUUCUCCCCGAACUCCAAAAUCCAGACUGGGGUUCCAAGAAAGAACUUCAAGUUCAUCACUUGAAGACAGUGCAGUAAACCUUGCAGAGGCAAAAGCUGUGAUUCAAGGGGGAUCAAGGAAAGGAGGAAAUGCUCGAGAAAGGUCUGCACUGGGUAAGCUCAACAGAGAUGAGCAAGAAAGUACAAAACCAGAGCAAUUAACAAACAAUUAUGAUUCUUCAGGACCUUCUCGCGAUUAUCUUGAUGCACAAAAUGCCUUUUCAAGAUCACACCGAGUAAGUGAUGAAGAAGACCGUGCCAGAAUUUCUGCAGCAUCAUCAUCCACCUCAUUAUCAAUUUUGCUCAUUCCUUCAUUAAAAGAGGCUGUUGCUGAUGAUUCAGAAGGGUCGGUUGUGCAUGCAGUGGUGAAUUCACUCAUGGAUAUGGAGCUAAUGAAGCCCGGGUCUUGUGAAGUUCUUGUCACAAGGUUGCUCCAUCGGCUGGGAAGUUCAAGGGAGGCUUCGUUGAAAGAUCUGCAGGAGAUGGCAGCUCACAUCUUCACUAAGGGCAAGACGACUACUGAAAAGACGGAGAAUACAAAUGUGGAAGUCGAUAACCGGAAGAAGCAACAAAACAAGGAACUUCAUUCAAACGCCAAUCUAGGUUCACUUGCGAGGUUCUUGCUCUCAAGAUGGCAAGGCCAAGCUUCACGAGAUUUGAACCCAACUUAAAAGGAGGUCGGAAGAUGGUUUGCGUCUGCGCUUAUUAGUGUGUUCUGUUUAUUAUUUAAUUUUUAUUCAAUGUAAAUAUCAUUAUAGAGGGAACUUGUAUUUAAUUAUCAUUAUUAUUCUUCUCUUGGUCCAAGAAAUUUUAUUAUUCAUUACUUGUCA